UGCAAAGUAGAUGUGUUCCAGCCAGAGUUAAAGUAAAGCUACCCUGGGCUUAAGACAUUGAAAACCCAUGUUAGAAGUUUUUCUGUGUAUCUGGUAAGGGGUGAAGAUUAAAACCUGCGUAAGAGCCCAGGUUAACCGUGCAAUUAAAGACAUACUCUCCCAGACAUCCGAUUCCAGGAAUCUUGAUAAGAGUACGUCAUGUGGUGGGUUGGAGGUGCAGUGAUUCUUGGACUGAUAACCUCUCCUGGCAUCUUGUUCUCACUGCAUUGGUCCAUGGUACCAGAACAAAUGGUGGUUGUACCAUGCCUAGAAACCUUGGUUACACUGGUUGGUGCCUCAUCAUCAGCCAUUUAUUUCAGUCCAUUAUUUUUCUUUGAUAUUCUGCCUGAAAGCCUUUGUUUAAUUUUUGCUAGUGUUCGAGUGGAACAUGGAAUAGUUUUGUUUGGGCCUCAGUCCUCUGAAGUGAGGGGCUGGGUUGUCAGGGAUUGCUAGGAUAUCUGUGCCCACUAUCCUUCCCUUAAGGAUCCCUCUGGGGGGGGACAGGGGACUAUUAGCGUCAUCUCUGUUGUAUAGCAGGGGAAGUACAGUGUGUGACUUGCCCAAGGUUGUACAGGCUCUGCCACUUUACCCUACUCCCACAAAUUCUCCCCCCCCCCCCAACUAUUUAGCCUUUCCUUAAGAGACCAUUUGCCAGCCUCCAACUUCUACAGCAUGUAUGUCUGUCCUAUAUCCUUCUAGAUCUAUGACAAAACAUACACAAUGGCUCCCAAUGCACUCUGCUUCAGCAACAUUGAAUCUUGCAGUGUGAUGUCACCCUGGAAUAGUACAAUAUACAGUGAUACUGAAAGCUAUGAUGUCAUACUACGAAUGGUAACACCUUCAUAGGAAACGUCUAUUACAGAAAAUGCCCUCCAUGGUCCUUGGAUUUGCUUUUCUGCCUGAAGAACAGGGGAAGAAAACUAAUACAGUAUAAGGGAUUAUAAUACAAAUCCAUUGGGUUGUUUUGCUUACCGUGGAAUGAAAUUCCAUUUGGCAUCUCUUAAAAUAACGAACAACACCCCAGCUGAGUAUCCUAUUGUCGUAUAGCUUGCUCAAGCUGGGGAACAGGGUUCUGGUAAUAUACAUAAACCAUUCAAGCUUUACAUUAUCAAUAUAAGUGAGAGCAAAGCCUUAUUGAAAAUACUGGGUCUGUGGUAUACCUGGAGGGUAGUUCAGUCCUGAUGUGUUAGUAGAGAGAACUUAUGGAUUCUGCAUUCUAUUCUCUGCACUGCAGCCAACUUCUUUCUAGGCAACUGAGGGUUUGGGAUGAGACUUUAAUUGGUGGUUGCUGCAUGUAACCAAAGUCCAUAUUCUAUUAUCUUGGCACAAAAAUAUUUUCUGUGCCACAGUAAGUAACUAGGUCUUGCUUCACUUUAAAGUUAAGCUUUGUGGUCGACCAUGAACGCUAGUGGCCCUGGAUAUCCAUUAGCUUCUUUGUAUGUGGGAGAUCUUCACCCAGAUGUGACCGAAGCCAUGCUGUAUGAGAAGUUCUCACCUGCUGGACCGAUCAUGUCCAUCAGAGUUUGUCGGGAUGUUGCCACACGUCGAUCGCUCGGUUAUGCCUACAUAAAUUUUCAGCAGCCCGCUGAUGCUGAGAGGGCUUUGGACACCAUGAAUUUUGAAGUGAUCAAAGGUCGGCCCAUUCGAAUCAUGUGGUCCCAGCGAGACCCUGGCCUCAGGAAAUCAGGGGUUGGGAAUGUCUUUAUCAAGAAUCUGGACGACUCCAUUGACAACAAAGCCUUGUACGAUACGUUCUCAGCCUUUGGGAAUAUCCUUUCUUGCAAGGUGGUUUGUGAUGAGAACGGAUCCCGCGGUUAUGGCUUCGUUCACUUUGAGACUCAUGAGGCAGCGAAUCGGGCCAUUGACACCAUGAACGGGAUGUUGCUCAAUGACCGCAAGGUCUUUGUCGGCCAUUUUAAAUCCCGCAGAGAGCGGGAGGCAGAAUUUGGGGCACGGGCGAUGGAAUUCACCAAUGUCUUUAUCAAGAACUUUGGGGAUGAUAUGGAUGAUGACCGACUGCGGGAAAUAUUCUCCAAGUUUGGGAAGACACUGAGUGUCAGAGUUAUGAUGGACGACACUGGUCGCUCGAAAGGGUUUGGGUUUGUCAACUUUGAGAAGCACGAAGAAGCCCAGAAGGCUGUGGCAGACAUGAACGGGAAGCAGAUCAAUGGCCGGAUGGUGUACGUUGGCCGAGCUCAGAAGAGGAUGGAGCGUCAGAGCGAACUGAAGCGUAAAUUUGAACAGAUCAAACAGGAAAGAGUGAGCAGAUACCAGGGGGUAAAUUUAUAUGUGAAGAACCUGGAUGAUGGUAUUGAUGAUGAGCGGCUGAGGAAGGAGUUCUCUCCAUAUGGUACCAUUACUAGUGCAAAGGUGAUGACAGAGGGUGGACACAGCAAAGGGUUUGGGUUUGUAUGUUUUUCCUCCCCAGAAGAGGCUACCAAGGCCGUGACGGAAAUGAAUGGACGGAUCGUCAGCACCAAGCCUUUGUACGUUGCCCUCGCUCAAAGAAAGGAGGAAAGAAAAGCGAUUCUCACCAACCAGUAUAUGCAGAGAUUGGCCACCAUGAGGGCCCUGCCUGGCCCUCUCCUUGGCUCCUUCCAGGCACCCACGGGGUACUUCUUGCCUGCCAUCCCACAGCCACAAACCAGAGCUACUUUCUACAGUCCUAGCCCAGUUGCCCCAGUCCGUCCUGCCCCUCGGUGGAGCGCGCAGCCCUCCAGGCCUCCCUCCGCCUACCACACGGCUACCCCAAUCCUGAGGGCUGCAGCUCCACCCAGGCGCCUGCUAUCCAACAUCAGCACCAUGAGACAGGCAUCUACCCAGGUGCCCCGAGUGCCACCGCAUGCCCAGAGAGUGGCCAACAUAGGGACCCAGACGCUUGGUGCCCGUGCACCCAGCUCACCAUCCCUGCCGCGGGGUGUGCCACAGUAUAAGUACUCCUCAGCAGUGAGGAACAUCCAGCCGAUGGGAAGCGUGGCACCUAUGCUGGUACAACAGGCUGGAGAACCUGCUGUUCAUAUUCAUGGGCAGGAGCCUCUGACUGCAUCCAUGCUCGCUGCAGCUCCUCCUCAGGAGCAGAAGCAAAUGCUAGGUGAACGCCUUUAUCCCCUAAUCCAUGCCAUGCACGCCUCCUUGGCUGGGAAGAUCACAGGAAUGCUGCUGGAGAUUGAUAACUCGGAGCUGCUGCUUAUGCUGGAAUCGCCAGAAUCCCUCCACUCCAAGAUCGAGGAAGCGGUUGCAGUGCUCCAAGCACACCAGGCUACUGAAUCAUCGCUUAACAGCAGUGCUGCAACAUUCCUCCUAUGAGACCCAGGUAGGUGUGGAAGGCUGUGCUGGUCUCAUGGCAGGGUAUAAUGUGGAGAAGGGUCCCUUUCUGCCUGGAAUGUGAGCACCAGAGAAGUCUUGUCAAGAUCAGCCAAGUUGGACUUGGGAAAGCAAUGGGUGUGUUUUAUUUGUCUUGGACCCAUACUUCAAGCUUAAUUCCUUUAUAUAAACCAAUGCCUCCUGCUAUUUUCCAAAACUUGAUGAUUGUACCAGAGAAAAAUUAAUGCUAAGCAGUUAAUUUCAAUGUAAAUCUGGGGAGGCAACUUGGAGGUGAAAAAUAAAGCAAUCUGGCUUUUCUUGUAGCCCUCAUGGAAUCUGAUGCAAUCAUUCCUGAUGCCUUUACAUGGGAUCGCAGUAUAGCUUAACCCAGUGGUUCUCAAACUUCAUUGCUCCAUGACCCACUUCUGACAGAAAAAAUUACUACACGACCCCAGGAGGGGGGACUGAAGCCAGUGUCUGCCCGAGCCCCACCACCUCGGGCAGAGGGACAAAGCCAACACCCAAGAGCUUCAGCCCCGGAGGCUGUAACUUGAACCCCACCACUCAGGGUUGAAGCCCUUGGGCGGUGGGGCUCAGGCUUCAGCUUUUGCCCCAGCAAAUCGAAUGCCACCCCGGUGACCCCAUUAAAAUGGGGUCUUGGCCCACUUAGGGGUCCUGACCAGAGUUUGAGAACUACUGGCUUAACCUAUUAUUCUCCUUAGAAUCUUAGAGCCUCUAAUCUGGAUCUAUUAGCAGUGAUCAUGCCCCAUCCCAGUACAACUCCAGCAGAAGCAUCCAGCCUUCCUGUUUGGUAACCGAAAACAAAUGUGCAGAACUUCUAGGCACCCCUUUGUAAGAUAAAGUUUGGUCAUGCAGUUUGCUUGCUCUCACUGGUCACUUAAUUCAAAUUCAGUAUUGGUAUGUGAACUCUAGGCUAACUUAGACUGAGCUUUUGUGUCUGACAUGUCUAAAGUGUAUAUUUGUUGUAGAGGAGGGACUGUGAAGAAUGCUUGGCUCUGAAGAUAAAGCAACUACAACCCUGACAUGCAUCCCCACAUAUAUUGGAAGCAUUUAUUUAUUUUUUCUGUGUACAGACAGCGACACUGACUUGCAUUCAAAGCCCAGCGUUACUUUUUCUUUGUGCGUCAACAACUUUGCAAAAUGAUUUUUCCCCAUAAAUGAACUGCAUCUAUGUAACACUGUCCAUGAGCUCUCUUCUGGCAAUCCUCACUGCUGACAGCAGGUAGUGAAAAUGUUAACAAGGGGGGCAAAUGGUAGAAUGACAACCUCUCCUUGUGAGUGGCGAGGAGGGAGACACGAUUGAUUCAGUUGUAGUGUUCCACGAGAUAACAAAUCAUCAGAGCUUGUCAUUUUUAGUAAGUUCUAUUUGGUUCUGUAAUGUUUUAUUUGUUCUUGUGGUUGACACCAUAAACAGCUGAUACAUCCACCCUCA